AUGAAUCCUGAAUCAAACAGAUAAGAAAGGUAUUUUUCAUAGUUAAAUAUACCAAUAAGUUUAGUCAAUAUUCCUACUGGAAAAGGUAGGAGUAGCUCUAAUUUAAAUGCUAUGAUUGAUUAAAUCGAAUAGAAUCAAAUAUUGUCUCCUGUAAACAAAAAAGUACCCUAAAGCGUUUCACUUCCAAAAAAGAUAGAUAAUAUUAAAAGGAAAGAAACUAGGACAUUUUCAGUAAAAAAAAUGGUGAUAGAAGGACCUGAGAUUAAUAGUCAAAACUUAAAACAUUCACACUAAUAUGAUAUAUUAAACUCAAAUGCUAGAACUAGCACAAAUUUUAAGAUGAAAAAUGAAGAUACAAAUCAUGCCAUAUAAUAAUUUAAGAUACUAAGAGAUUAGCUAUAAAAUAAUUUUAAAAACUAAUUUGAAUCGCCAAACAAUUCCACUGCAUUACCAACUUCCUCAAUACGCUUCAUAUUUAAGGAAAAGGAAGAAUAGUAGAACGAUAGCUAAGAAGAAAAAGAGAAGCCUAAGCUGCAAUAAUUAUAAAAUGGGAUGAGAAAAUCGACUGAAGCAAUUAAAAACAGAAGAUAUCAAUCAAAUUUAAAUUAAGAUACUUUAAGUAAUGCUUCUAAUUUUUGUAUCAAUGACCAAAUGGAAAACAACUUAAAAAAGUCUUUUGCAGAAAAAAAUACAUCUAAAUAAUAAAUCAAUGGACAAAAUAACGCUUAUGGUCGAAAAUGCAUAUCUUCAAGAGAUAUAUAAUUGCCUAAUAUGCAAAAUUCUUUCUAAAUAUCUUAGUUACAAAGCUAAGAUAUUUUAAAUCCAUUAAAGUAGUAGAUGUCAAGUUUUAUAGGUUCUAAAAAUCCAAAAGAAAAUAAUGGAAAAAUUUUUUCAUUGAAUUGUACUCCAUAAAAAAAGAUCUACAGUGAAAUUGAAUAAAUGUAAAACUAAAACUAAGGUAACUAAUCUACUCAAUUAUAAACAGCCAAAAAUCCAUCUGAUAAUGAACAUAAAAAGAAUAAUGCUGGAUCUUCUGCUGCAAAUACAGCUUAUAAAAAUUAUUUAAAUCGGAUUAUUUAAAAACAAUAGCAAUUGUAUGAUAAACCUAACUAAUUUGAAUUUUCAUCAUCAGAUGGGACACCUGGAUCUAGUACAUUAAGAAAUUAUCAUUAGGCUAACAGCUUGAAUAGCACUAAAUACUUUGAUAAUACUUAGAAAAAAAGCAUUAUGCAUAACAUAUUCUUAAAAGAUAAAGAUUAAGUCAGUUUAGAAGAAUUUAGUUUGAGGUCGAAAAAGCAAGAAGCUCCUGACUCUUCUAAUGGCAAAAUAGAGCUUCCUCCAUUAAUGUUUCCAGCUUCUAAGAAAGAUUUAGAUGAUUUCUAAAAAUUGCAAAAUAAGGAUGAGUUAAGAUUCUCCAGAGAACAUAAAUAAAACUAUCAUUAUUAAGAAGAAUAUAAAGGUGCAUAAAGCACAAAUAAUAGCAUUGGUUCGCAAGAAGAUAAAGCUUAGAGAAAAAAAUAGUUCUCAAGUGUUAAUAGCCUUUCUUCCUUCUUUAAGCAUAAAUCAGAUUCCUUAAGAAUAAUGGAAUUGGUUUAGGAGAGGAACCAAAUAAUUUAAUAACAAAAGUUAAAGCAGCAGGAAGAAAAUUUUUAACACGAAAAUAAAUAAAACUAGUAAUUUGUAGAUUUAAUUAAGGAAAAUAUGAAUAACAGAUUUUCAUCACCCUAAUCAAAUAAAUUUUAGAACAAAGGUAGAAAAGCUUAAUCUUAAGCUAUAAUUGUUACAGAUGUUUCUGAAAUAAUUAAACAUCGCCAAAAUCCUAGUAUAACUAACUUACCAUUACAAAAUCAGGUAUCUCCAUAAAGAGGAUCCUAAUAGUUAAUAUAGAUUCCCUCAAAACUAUAAAAUACUAUUACAAAUAUAGCUAUAAAUAAUAAUGGGGAUUUCCGAUUUUAAUCACCUUAAGCCACAUUUACUCAAUUCAAAAUUAAAAAAUAAAAAACUGAUUUCAAUAAAGGAUCAUUAACUCUAAAAUCUAUUGGGAGCCAUUAAAACUUUGAUAUAGAUAGUGAUGAAUUAAUAUCAUAACAAUAAAAAGCUUAACAUGUUGAAACAUGUGAAAAGGAGCUUGCCAAAGAAACUAAUUUUGUAGAUUAUUUGCAAUAAAAAAAGAUUUAUAUAAGAUAAGGUUUAGAAUAAUUUUUGAGAGAUAGGCCUAGAGUUUUUAAAAACAUUUUAAGAAAUUGUCUUAUGGAUUAAGAACAAUUUGUGUUUUUUAUGAUGAGCUUUAUUUAAUUUUGCAUAGAUGAUAUGUUUGAUGAAUUCAAAAAGGAAUAUUAUAUAAAAUUAGCAUAAAACAACAGAGCAAACGAUAGAAUAAGUCUCAUAAACAUUCCAUGUAAUUCAGUUGUUGAGUCAGAGAGUACUCAGUUUAAAUUUGGAUAAAAAAUCCCAGAAGAAAUAAUGAAAUAAGUAAUUGAUGUAAUAGUAAAUUGUUUGCAGAAAUAAUCAAAAGAAAUAAAAAAAUAAUCAAGUAUAGAGGAAUUUCAUAUUGAUAACGUUGAAUAAGAACUAUAAAAAUAGCCACUUUAAUAAAGAAAAUCAUAAGAAAGCUAUAAUGGAGAAAAUGAUGAAUAAUCGUAUAUCAAACAAGGUUUGGAUAGAUUUUUUAAAAAGAUUUAGAGUAAUGUAGAAAAAUAUAUACUCCCUUAAACGUUGAUAGAUAAAUUAGGAGGAUUUGUUAGAUUAAGACUGCUCCUAGUUGCUGGUGUAAAGACGUUUAAUAACUAUAUAAAUAAUGCAAGCAAAAUGAGUUACGUUGAAGAAGAUGAUGAUAAUUUAAUAGACAAGUAUCUUAUGCCCUUUUUCUGUGCCUUAAUAAAUGAAGAUAGAGAGACUAUUUAAAUGCAAAUCGGUAUUUUUAAGCAGUAUAAACAUUCAUUAAGCCACUAUGACUUUUUUUCAAUUAAAAAAAUUUUUUGGGACACCCUUAACACAAUUAAGUUGGAUCCAAAACUGAGAAACUAAGUAAUUUUAAGCUUUGAAAAUAUUCGUUCUGAAUUCUUUGAUAAUCCAUUUGAAAAGAGAUUGAAAGAAUUAGGACAAUCUAUGAUGAAAAGUUACGAGCUUUGCAAUUAUUUUAGAAAUCCCAAUCCAGCUGAUAACUAAAUUUUUCUUGCCACACUCUUGCCUGUACUUUACAAAAAUGUUCCAUAUUAGAAUUUUUAUUAAGCAAAUUAACAGCGCCUUAAAUUCUCUCUUAACGAUAGAUUUUUCGAUCAUUUACAAAAAUUCUUAUUAGAGGAGUUGAAAGAAACAGAUAGUAAAUCAAUUUUAGAUCUAUAGAUUCGUAUUUCUAAGUUACGUAUAAGAGCAGGUGUUACUUACAAUUUCUUUUAAAUAAUAAAUGAAGAUUCAGAAACAUUCUUUUCUAAUAUUUUCCCAUUCUUAUCUAAUUGGAUAUAAAAAUACAAUUUAACACAAAUGGAUUCAAAAGCUCAAGAUUUCAAAUUCUUAGAAAUAUUUAUAAAACUAUGUUUAAAUAAGCAAGACUACUAUUCUCUCAUGGAUAGCGAGCCUUGUUUGAUGCAUUAUGUUGUAAAUGAAUUCAUGAUUUCUUUCUGGAUAAAAGGAAUAUCAGCAUAUUUCGAAGAUAAAUAGGUAAGCAAAAGCUAAUACAUUCAUCUAAUUAACUUUUUAAGUCAAUAUUUGCUAUUCAAAAAAGAAGAAAAUCCUUAAAAAUAAAACAAAAAUUGA